CUGUUAUUUUCUACACGACACUAUUUUGGUGUUACACUGAUAGGUUAUUCUUUUCCUUCACGUGAAUUACACUGUAGAAAAGAUAAGACCAGUAAGCAGCAGGUUGAUGAGUGAAUAUGUAUUUCUAUGAGGACUCGUUUAUAAAUGGAAGAAGUUGCGAGAGAUUAUAGUGAACCUUGUACUCAAUGCUCCGAAAUUUGUUGGGGUAUCACUAGUGAAGGCAAAUAUUACUGCCAGUCCUGCCACAAUGUCAUAGAGAAAACACAGGAAAUUUCAAGCUCAGACAUUUAUAUUCUAAACGCAAAAGUGUCUUCUGUUGCUAUGGGGCGAAAGAAGAAGAAAACUCUUGAUAAAGGUCUUAACUGGUAUGUCUGUGAAGGUUUUCAGUAUGUAUUAAAACAACAGGUGGAAGCUCUUGUAACCCUGGGGGCAUGUCCCCAAAUAAAAGAUGAAAUACUAUGCAAUCUUUGGAGGCGGUAUCUGCAAAAGAGCCGUCAGGCAUACACUGCAAAACGACUUUGUCGACAAAAUAGAAGUGCUUCUGAAGACAUUUCUGAUGACAAUACAUACCUGUCUGAGAAUGACUGUCAGCCAUCAAGUUCAGGCUGGAGUGACAUGCCUUCUUGCUUCCAGAGUGAAGGUGAAUAUGAAACGGUUUAUUCUGAUACCAGUUUAUGCAGCAAUUGGAGCACUCAGACCACCAACCGAUCUGUGGUAUCAGAUGCGGAGUCUGUUUGCUCAGGAUCUGUGGAUGGUGUUUCAUAUUAUAAUGGAGACUACCAAUUACUAAUGACUAUGCCAAUGACCUUAUCUUUAUGCUAUAUGGCCCUGUUAUGGCUGAGAGAGUCAAUAACUGUGGUAGAUCUUCUUCGGUUUGUUACAGAAGGCCAUAUUCCAUAUAUCAACACUUUCCAGUACUUUCCAGAAGAAAUGAAGCUGUAUGGGCCAGAUGUAAAAAUAUUCCGAGUACAGUGUUUGCCAUCUUGUGAAGAAAUCCUGAAAAAGAUGCAUAAUCUUGCAGUUUUCUUAGAUUUGCCCCGAUUUCCUCCCAUAACUGAAAGAUGUUUUCUUCAUCCAGAUAUCCUUUGCAUUAGAUAUCUGAUGGAAGCCAAUUUACCAGAUGAAAUUCACACUUGGACAAGCAAGAUGUCACAACUGGCUGGACUUCAGGACAUGACAUUUUUGACAUAUGACCCUAUGGCUCGGGCAGCUAGGGUUAUCAACUAUGAUGUGCUGGCAGUAGCUUUAAUAGUCGUCGUGCUCAAAUUGUUUUUUGUUUUGGAUGACAAGUCUGAAUGGUGGUUAUCUAAUAUCGCAGAGGAAAAAAAUGCAACAGAUGAAGGUAGCAAUUGCUUUAUUUUUCGCAAGUGGUACAAGAUUAUGAAAAUUUGUCUUAGGGAAGCAGAGAGAAAAAUGGAGGAAGAUGUAGCCAGAGAGAUAUGGAAGAGUGAAAAGCCACUGUUUUACUCCCUCAGAGAGAAACCACUCGCACUUAAAAGACGGCGUAUGGUGGUGAGUCUGCAACAGCAGUUUGACAGACUUGUUGGUUCUCCUCAAAAGAAGAAAAUUCCAUCCAGUUUCCAGUUCACCUGGGAUGAAGAAAAUACAGACAAACCUUGUUUCCAUGGGCAAAGCUUAAAGCAUUAUUUAGUAAAAAAGAAUGGAUCAUUUACCCCUGUGAACAAUGAGUACUGGCUAUGCACCCUAAAGCCUUGUCACUUAAACCACUGCAAGCACUUGACGAAGUGUAACGAAUCUAAUUUUUCUGAUAGCUACUUGUUUGUUCUUCAGUUCUUUUCCUUUCUUUUGAGAGUUGAUGUCUCCACUUUGCAUGCAGAGGUCGAAUUUGUUGAAUACAACCUUGUUAAGAAGUACAAACCAAAGCGAAAAAGAAUCUCUAGGCUAAAAAUUGUGAGAGAUCUAAAUUCUGCAAAAAGACUGCAUACAAAAGACAGGAUGUGAAUGCGCAAAAACAUUGAUAUUGUGCUUAUAAUCAGACAUGAUCUGAUGCUCACUGAGAAGUGGGCAGGUCUGGUAUAGAUUUUGAAUAUGACUGUUAUUCUACAGUGUAUUUUAAGGUGUAAUGAUAACUGCAUCUUACAUGACUGUUGUACAACUUAUUUCAAGGUGUAAUAACAGCAUCGUUCCCAAUGUUGUUUCUUAAAAGUAUAUGAGAAAAAAACAUUUUGAAAUUGUGUAUUACAAUAAAACUAUUUUUGAAUUUUUUCUUUAA